UUUGCAAACAUAGUCUUCUUCACCUUGCUAGUCUUUGAGAAACCACCUCUGUGAAUUGAGAUUGAGUGAAAUGGCUGCCUAUGGAGCUCUAGUUUCGCUUAUGUAUAUUAUAGAUCAAAUUCAAACACAUCCACGCCCUCCUAUUUCCAUUGACCAAAAUCAGGUUGAAUCUCUCACUCAACUAAUUAGUUCCUUGCAAAAAUUUCUUGAUAGCUAUUCUCCCCACCGUGGCUACACUGAAGAAGAAGAUGAGUGGGAGAGUCGCAUUGCUGAAGCAGCUUACCAUGCUGAAGAUGUGAUCCAGUCCUAUAUUGUGGAUCAAAUUCGUGCUCGGUUAAAAAUUGAUGUACAACACAUCAUCUCCUUUCAAUUCUAUCAAGGCCUGCAGAAGGUGAUAGAAGACAUGAAUUUGAUCAAGAUUGAGAUUGAAGAGAAGGUGGUUGUCCAAGAUCAGCUUCACGUCAUGAAGUUUGUGAAUCCUGCUGCAGGCUUGUCUAGAUCUACUUCGACUCAGUAAGAAUGUCACCAUGAUCGGUUUCGAUGAUGUCUUAUUGCAAAUGCUGGACAAGGUCACUGGAGGAGGACUCAAUCUCCAAAUUCUCCCCAUAGUUGGAAUGGGCGGGAUAGGCUAGACCACCCUUGUUCAGAAUAUCUAUGUAAGUCCACUUGUCCACUAUCAUUUUGAUAUUCGUGCUUGGUCUACAAUUUCUCAAGAGUAUAAUGCACGAGAAAUUCUUGGACAAGUUCUUGGUCAAGUAGACAAGGGGAACGAGGUUGAUUUGAGUGAAGAUGAACUAGGAUUACAUUUGUACCAAUAUUUGAUAGGUAGGAGGUAUUUUAUUGUGAUGGAUGAUAUGUGGAACAUAGAAGCAUGGGAUCAAGUAAGGAGAUUCUUCCCGAAUAAUAAAAAUGGGAGUAGAAUAGUAGUGACGACAAGGCUAUCAAACUUGGCAUCUCAAUUUAACUACCCGAAUGGUCUUGAUUUGAAAUUUUUGGAUGAGUAUGCUAGUUGGGACCUAUUUUGCAAAACUGUGUUCGGGGAAGAUGCUUGUCCUCUUGAGUUGGAGGACGUUGGGAAAAAGAUUGUGGAAGGCUGUAAGGGACUUCCGCUGUCAGUUGUUGUAAUAGGGGGGCUUUUAUCAAAAUCUGAACGUACAAAAGAAAAUUGGGGAUUGUUUGAAAAAAAAAUUAAGUUCAAUUGUAAAUUUGGAGGAUAAUCGAAGUUGCUUGCAAGUAUUAUACAUGAAUUAUAAUAAUUUGCCGGUUUAUUUGAAACCAUGUUUUCUCUAUAUGGGAACAUAUGUUGAAGAUGUUGUGAUUCCAGUCUCUUACCUCUUACCAUUUUUUGUUGCUAUGGGAUAUGUAAAACCAAUAAUUGGCAAGUGUUUGGAAGAGAUAUAUAGUAGAAGAGUAUGUAGAAGAACUUGUUGAUAGAAAUAUGCUUAUGGUUGAAAAAUACAACCGUUGUGGGAAACUCAAAUCGUUCGAAAUGCAUAACCUGUUGAGGGAUGUGUGUUUGAGAGAAGCUCGGAAAUUGAAGUUUCUAUGCGUGUUGGAAGCGCAUAGCAUUCCACAGGGCAUACAUUCUUAUCGCCGUAUUAUAAGCAGGGUACAACAAUGGGAAUAUCCAACUCCACUCAUUCAAGCUCUGAAAUCUGCAUCUCUUGUUCUUUGUUUUGCUGGUAGAGCUCCAAAGAAUUUCUCAUAUAACUUUAGAUUGCUGAGGGUAUCUAUGUUUGACGUAUCCCCAGAUGAAGAUUAUGAGGAGAAUUUUCUUGAGCGAGUUAACUCGCGUCUUCUUUGUAUCGAUGUUGAUGAGUAUGCACUAUCCAGAAUCCCUUCUUCCAUCUCUUCCCUCUGGAAUUUGCAGACACUGAUUAUAAAUAAGACAGAUACGGAUUAUGUUUUAGAUAUUUGGAAGAUGCCUCAACUUAGGCACGUCAAAAUCAGCAACUGGCAGAACAAUGAUGGUUCAUACUAUGUCCCCGAUCCUCUUAGUGACGAAGAGGAUAUGGUUUUGGAAAACCUACAGACACUCUAUAUAGUGUUCAAUGUCAAGUUUGGUGCUUAAAAGAAUCCCCAAUAUUAAAACAUUGAAGUUGUGCUAUCAAGGCAUCAGAAGAAGAAGAAGAUGACUACCAACUCCACAAUAUUUGUUGCCUCCACAAGCUCGAAUCCCUGCACCUUAAGUCUUCUAAACGAUACAUCCAUUGCAUUCCCUCAAGAAGUUGACAUUACAAUGCACCAAUCUUCCUUGGGAUGAUAUGAAGAUUAAAAUAGGUUCAUUGCCCCUUCUUCAAGUUCUCAAGCUAAAAAAGAAUUCAUUCAUUGGCUCUGAGUGGGAAACAGUGGAAGGCCAAUUCUUGUUGAUUAAGAAUUGUGAUCACAGACAACACCCACUUUUCACGCCUUGAGCACCUUCAUCUUCGCUAUGUACAAAGGUUGAGGGAGAUUCCUUCAUGCAUGGGAUGGGAGACAUACCAACACUUCACUCAAUAAAGUUGAAAGGUUGUAGUGCUUUUGAAUUGUGGAUAACUCAGCUGAAAUAAUAAAGCUAGAACAAGAGGAACUCGGCAAUGAAGAGCUUCAAAUCAUUAAAGUUCCGACAAAUCCAAGAAACUUUUUUAUCGGUAACACCUCGACCCUCUUUUCCUUAAUGAUUAUAUUUUAAUUAGGCUUUUGUUAACAUCUUAUAUUCCCUCUGUAGCAGAGUCGUAUUUUUUUUUU